AUGGGUUCAGUCGAGGUUCCCACGCGGCAUAAAGCCUUGGUCUACGACAACCCAGGCAGCAUCUCGGCCAAGAUCGAGGAGAUCGAGACUCCCAAGCCAGGUGUGGGUGAAGUGCUUGUCAACCUGACACAUUCUGGUGUCUGCCAUUCUGAUAUGGGCGUCAUGUGCAAUUCAUGGGCAUGGCUCCCCGCACCCACCGCGCAGGGGCAAGUGGGCGGCCACGAGGGCGUCGGCGUGAUUGCUUCUCUAGGACCAGGAACAGAAAACUCCAAUGUGAAAGUCGGCGACCGCGUCGGGAUCAAAUGGAUCGCUUCGGCGUGUGGGAACUGCGAGCCGUGCCUGGUCGGCGCUGACGCGAACUGCACUUCAGCCAAAAUCAGCGGCUACUACACGCCCGGCACGUUCCAGCAGUACGCCCUCGCGCCGGCUCACUAUGUCACACCUAUCCCCGAGAGCCUCCCCAGCGAUAUGGCCGCCCCGAUGCUCUGCGGCGGCGUCACGGUGUACAGCGCGCUGCGCAAGUCCGGGGCUAAGCCGGGCGAUUGGGUAGUGAUCCCCGGUGCGGGCGGCGGGCUGGGCCAUCUUGCUUUGCAGAUCGGUGCGCGCGGGAUGGGGCUUCGCAUGAUCGGGAUUGACAUGGGCGAGAAGGAGAAGCUCGCGAUGGAGUGCGGUGCUGAAAAGUUCCUUAACCUGGCGAACUACAGCCGUGAUGACGAGGGGUCGAAGAAAUUGGUCGAAGAUGUCAAGGCUAUCACGGGUGGGCCUGGUGUCGCUGCCGUCGUGGUCUGCACGGCGAGCAAUGUCGCGUAUGCGCAGGGUCUGAGUUUUCUCAAGUUCAGAGGGACGCUGGUCUGUGUGGGUGUCCCCGAGGGCCCGUCAGUGCCGAUUCAGACGGCGGAUCCCGCAACGAUGCUCGCGCGGGAGUUGAGAAUUGUUGGCUCGGCAGUGGGCAAUAGGCAGGAUGCCAAGGAGACGCUGGAGAUGGCAUCGAGGGGUGUGGUCAAGACUCAUUUUGAGGUCCAGUCGAUGGACAAGCUGACGGAAGUGUUCCACCGGAUGGAUAAGGGCCAGUUGCAGGGAAGAGUUGUUCUUGAUUUGAGUGGAUGA